CAGUUGCCGCCCGGCGCGAUGGCGAAGCUGCCGCUGCCGGCUGGUUUCCGGCCCUCCUCCGCCGCCCCCUGGCCCCGCUCCCACCCUGUCAUCCCCCGGCCCCGAACCUUCCCCGUGAAGCUAUGGCUGCUGGUCAACAGCCCGUGCGUGCAGUCGGUGCGCUGGGACGCCCGCGGCGAAGGGCUAUUCAUCGACCAGGGACUCUUCGAGCAGGAGCUGCUGAGCUUGGGACCCAGCGCCGCCGGGGAGGAGGAGCUUUUCAAAACCAAAAACUUCGGCAGCAUCAUCCGCCAGCUCAACCUAUACGGGUUUCACAAGCUGAUGGUGAGUCCGGCCAUCAGCGCGGUCGUGUCCAGGCCGAGGCCGGCCACAUCGGGGGGUGAUACCAGCUACGCCGAUGGGCCCCUGCACCACUUCUGGAACCCGCAUUUUCGCUACGACCGCCCCGACCUCCUCGUAAAGAUCAAGAGGCUGACCAAGGCCAACAAGGAGAAGCUGGACGCUGGCCUGGAGGUGACCAGCCGCCUGCCCGACGACUUGCAGCACAUUUCUGGAAGGGGAUUUGCUGCUGUCGCCCAUGUCCCUCGGCGAGGUCGGAAGGACCGGACAUUUCCAGUGGCUGAGCUGAUGUGUGGUCAUCCAUUCUCUCUGGAAAAAAGAGACAUAAGUUGGAUGAGCAACAAGACAGAGAGACAAGGGAGGUCAGGAGUUUAUCAGGACUGCAGAGGAAUAAGCAGGGACAUACCUGCACACCACACUGUAAAGGAGCAGAAGCAAAACUCUCACCUGGACAUCUGUUACAGGCAAGGCUUCUUAGUUUAGACAAAUUGCCAGCAGGGAUAAGAGCAACAUGACGAAACAUCCUUAAGUGCCAGAGAAGAAGUUGGUAUGUACCCAACUUAUUGAACAGCCUGUUGGUCACCUGUCUGCUUCAUGUCCAUUUGUCGUAGGCAGACUUACAGCAGAGAAUGGUGCUUGAAAAUGGUCUCAGUGACAUUUUGGCUCUACUUGAGGUCAGCGGUCAAAAUGCUAGCAGCCUCAAAAAGGUUAAAUUCUCACCUUCAACCUGUAAACAAUUUAUAAAUCAUUUAUUAAAUACAACUCUUUAAAUUGUUGGACUGCUUAGUGUUUUCAUGGCCGUGUGUGCAUGACAUUAAUAAAAGUGCCAUGGAAUCCAGCUGGUGGAAGGAAUAUAACUAUAUCAUGGUGUUCCUGAUGACAAAAGGAGAAUAGACUUUCCCCAAGAGUUGACCGUCCCACUUGAAAAUAAAGUGUAAUGACACUGUCAUUUAUUUUAUGAAAUGUAAAAAUCACAACAGUGGGUUUUGUUUCUGAGGAACACAUUUGAAAUUCCAAACUGGAAUUUGGAAUUGUCCAUUAGCUUUAAAUCAAUACUGUUAGCAUCUUGAUCAAUAUUUCAAAUAAUUCUGUUGAAAUCAUGGCAUUUUUUCCCUUUAUUCAUUAGUAUCCACCACUGGACUGCAUAGAUCUUAUUUCUGUUGGUGCUUUUGCUUCAGUUAUGUGAAUUUUCUGUUAUUGCACCUGUGAUACCUAAGUGUAGUUUAGUUAACUAUUGUCUUUAUUUAUAAAUCUGUCCUUACAUUUAGUUAUCAGCAUCAUGAGUAGAAAAAUAAAGGAUAAAUACUCACAACUAACAGAGUGGGAACAGCAAGCCAUUUUUAACUAUACUUCUUAAUGGCUCUGUAAAACAGUGCAGCGAGUAAAGUUUAAAGGUGACCUAGGAGGAAAGCCAUCUCCUAUUGGACAUUUUAUCUGUUUUACUGCAAAUGUUUGAUUAUGUCCAGCCCCUACACUAAAAUAAUAUCAUUACAAAUUGCGAAGUCAGCUUCUGAGAAUUUGAAGGCUUCUUGAAAUUUGUGCAGUGAAAGUUUGCAUUCAAGAAAAACACUGGAAGAAAAACCCAUCUCACUGCUUAAAGAAGCCUAAAGAAAUCACAGUAAGGAAAAUAGCUCGUGAUCACCUUUGCCAGAACUGGAUACAGAUUGGAAGGCAGUAGGCCACUGCCAUACCGUGUUGGAGCAGAAUAUGAGUGGGAAGGGACAUUUUAUCUUUGGGGUUUAAAGAUAUUUAUGAGAAGAAGAAUAGAGAGCAUUUGGAACCCCCAGUCUGUGUACACAGCCAUAGAACACAAAACAAAGAACUUUCCAGAACAAAAAGUUUAAUAUUUUUCAAGCAACUAAAAAUUAAGUGUUAUAAUGCAAACUACAUUGUAAAUUUACUCCAUUGCUGAAGCUGUUAGUUGCACAGUAACACUAGUGAAGUCCUAACCCGGAGCAGAGGUCACAAAGGCCCUGAAUGAACAGGCAGGAAGGCAUACACAUAUUGCGAGCUGUUGCCCUGUAAUCGAAAGACAGAAGACAGAGUAAGACAUCAAGGGUGCUGUGAGGAGCCAAUUUAGUUUUGUUACGCCUCAACAACGGAUGUCAGAGGCACAUGGGGGAGAGGUUGCACAUGUGCCACGUGCAGCAGGCAUUUAGAAGAAGCCUUGUCUGAACUUUCUGUGGCAACACCUUGCAUGGGACAGGCAGAAGGAGACGCUGAACUCUCUGGAGGGGCUUCUCCAAUCAGAUGGUGAAAGGUUGGAUUGGGCCAGUGGUCGCUUGUCAGCAGAAAGGCUUUGGGGGGAACAGGAGUGUAAACGGCAACUUUGUAACCAUUGCCCGCGGCUUUUCGAAACUUGCCCUUUGAGUUUGGGUCUUUGGCUUGUGGCUUUUUGAGUCUGUGCUUUUGCGGCUUGGCUUUUUGAGACUUGCUUUUCGAAACUUGCUUUUGAGUCGGGGCUUUUUGAGUAUUACGCUUUUUGCCCCAGCCUCAGCCUGCCUUUUGGUUCUGCUCUCGACGGCUUUUGCUCGCCCCUGCACCUAUGCUGCCUCCCUGUGUCCCUGACCAAUGCCCUGCCCUUCCUGCUUCUCUGCAUCCCUG